AUGAGUUAUGACCCAAUUCAUGACACUUACAAACCGUCAAGUAGUCAAUCGCAGCAACACUCAUCACCUCCUUCAAGUGGAUAUGGUCAACAACAGCAACUGCCAUCAUUAUCAAGAUCACCACCUCAAUCUAUAAAUAAUCUUAUUGAAGUAACAGGUCAACAAAUACCUCAACAGUACGCGGUGCCAGACCAACCACCACCUGAAGAAUAUCAAAAUCAUCUAAGUUCAGUGAAUAUCCCAGCUCCUCAUUUACCAGAACCAAAUACAUCAAUUUUAUCAUCUUCUCCAGCUGAUAGUAAGAAAGCAGGUAAUAGUGCAGGCGCAUUAUCCAUUUCUAGUUUGGUUUCUUCUGGUAGUAGUUCAAAUAAUGUUGCGGUAAUAGAUUCAAAUAUCCAACAACCACCUCGUCUUGAACAAAAAGUAAGCUCAAUUUCAAAAUUAAUGAAUGAUACUGUUGAGACUCCUAGCCAAGAACAUGCUGAAGAUUACUAUGAUGAAACCGAUAUUAACUCUUCUGUUGUAGGAGAAGAUGAGGAAUAUGUUGCCACUCCACCACCAUCUAAAUCGCAAAAAUCAACAAGUACCUCAGCAUCAGGAAAUAAAAAGAAAAAGAAAAACAAUAUCGCCAAUGCUAAGUUAUCAUUAAAGAAAGCUGAUGGUGAAGCAUUCUGGCGUAAAGAUAUUCAGUAUGAUUUCUUGAAAGCAUUAUUUGAUGACACAACUGCUUGUUUUACCAAUUCAUUUGAAAAAUCAAACAUUGCUAAUUGCAACAAUAAUCCAAAAAUUUCAUUUGGAGAAUUGUAUAUUCGUACUUUAGCUGAAUCAAGUAAAUCGUCCAGGGUCUUGAAAGAAAAAUUGAUUAGAGAUGUUGAUUUAGGUAAAGCGGUUGCAAAAGUUUGUAUCUUGGUUAAUGUGGGUAGAAUGAAUACUACUAUUAAUUUUGUCCCAGAAAUGAAGUCUACCUUGAGAACGUAUCAUUCCAUACCUUCUUUACAAACUGGACCGAAAGGUGGCACUGUUCAACAAUUACAAGAUACUCCAAGAUUAAAAUCUAUAUUGAAAGCAGUUUGUGAGGGUGAAGAAAAUAAUCUGGCUUUACUUGAUGAUAUAAUGAAAACCCCACCUGAAACCAAGCCAAACACUAACAUUAUCCAAUUGUUGUUUUUGUUAAGUAAUGCAGUGCACGGUGUGCCGUAUAUGGAUGAUCAACCAAAUAGCCAUUUAUUGGAGUUCUUUGUUAAUACCAAGAUCCAUCCUGAGAAUCGUGCCAAGAGAUUCCUUUGGUUGUUGUACACAUUUUUGGAAACUAAUUUCAGUAAAGAAGAACUCAGUCAGAAUCCGUUUGGAGGUGAAACAAUUCCACCCAUUCAAUGGUUGGAAGAGCUGGAAAUUAAAAACUUUGAUAGAGAUUUGGACUAUGAACGUAAUUAUGCUGAUUUAAUGUUCCAAGCAAGAAUGCAAUACUUGGCUAACCCUGAUGAUGAACAGUACAAAGAACAUUCUAGGCGUUUACAAGCUUAUCCGUCUUCCAAGAAGAGAGAUGCAGAGGAACAAGAGGUUAGUGAAACAGAGGAUGGUGAUGAAAAUAAGAAGGUAACACCAUUAAGGAAGAAGAUAAAACGUAACAAUCCAAGUAUCCCAUCUCCAUUGUCCAGGAAUGUGAUUACAGUAAAUAGUUCUUCUAGAAGACACUUGGAUGAUCAUGAAGUCAGAGACGUAUACAAGACUACUUUGAAAGAUGUGAUUACUUUCCCAGUGGAAGGUUUAAGUGAAUUAACUAAAAAGUAUAGUCCAUCUCCAUUUGUGCCUACAGAACCAGAUGAAGGCGAGUCGGUUAGUCAUCAUUGUGAAAUAGUAGAAUUAUCCAAACCAAUGGUUCAAGAAGUUCGUACAGCAUCUAAGGCCAGUACCGCUUCUUUCAACAAAAAGAUUACAAUUUUAGGAAACUGGUUGUACCGAUAUUUUAAAUACAAGAAAUCCAUCGGGAACAAAUUGCUCGGCAUUGAAUGGGAAGAUAUUCGAUAUGACUUAAUACACGGAGUUGAAAGCUACUUGUAUGAAAGCUUUGGUAAAUCAUUGAACUUGCACAAGUUGUUGACUUCUCACGAUGAAGAAGGCGGUGAAAAAAAUCAAUUGAAAACUGAAUCUGGUAAUGGAUCAACAACUAGCCAUAGUAGUGGUGAUGAUGACGAACUUGAAUUUCAUUUUGAUUACUUCCCAUUAAGAGAUUACGAUAAAGCUAAUGAGAAAUAUAGUUUUAUUUUACAUUUGACAGGGUUUGUCAAUGAUUGGUUUAUCUUGCGAUUAGAGGAGAAGAUGGCUAAAAUGGAACCAAACAGAAUAUCCUUUGAUUUAGAAAACGAAACUGUAUCUAUAUAA